AUGACAACUCUUUCAGAGCUUCCUAAUGAGAUGCUACUGGAGAUUUCCGGUCACCUCGACUAUCCAAAUCUCAAUGCAUUCACACAGGUCAGCCGCCACUUCCAUGCGUUGUCAAACAGGGGUCUUUACAGAGCUGUUGCCAAAGACACACCUGGGAAAGCGAUAACAUGGGCAGCUGAAAAAGGGAAGGAAACUAGUGCGCGGAAACUGUUGCAGAUGUGCGGCUUGAAGAUAUUGGAUGACCUCGCCUUUGAGGGCCAAGAACCAAUAGUGAUCGCUGCAUCGAAUGGACACACUAAUCUUGUCGAAUUAUUUCUGCCCUAUUGCAUUCAACAUAACACCAAAAAAGAUAGAGAAGAUCUAUUUAAAAGAGCACUUACUGUUGCAAUCCCAGAAAAGCAUGUCGCAGUGGUCAAACUGCUCCUCGAACACAAGACUGAUUUCAACACCAACCACGAAGACAGACAUGCUACAAUUCCUUUAUGCAAAGCGGUCGAAAUGGGACAUGUAUCGAUUGUGAAAAUUUUCCUUGAACACAAUUACUGCAACCUCGAUACAUAUGAUCUUGAUGGUAUGACACCUAUAGCUCUCGCUGCUGCUACGAAAGCCUCAUCCGAAAAUCUGGAAAUUGCCCAACUCUUGGUAGAGGCUGGUGCAGAUUUAUGUAGAGAUGAUAACCUGUUACUCAAAGCCGCAAAAUCAGAUAACCUGCCAGUUAUGAAGCUCUUCCUAGCGAACAACCUUUGUUGGCGCCGAUUGGAAUGGUCCGAAGUCUUACGUGAAUUUUCCCAACCGAGCCGGAAAAACCACGAGAUAGGGUCAUUGCUACUAAGCUGGAUUGAUGUAGAUCGCAUAUUGAAGAUCAGUAACAUUCAACGUUGCUAUCUCUUGAGAGGAGCGAUUGCCAAUCGUCUUGACGAUCUGUUGGAAAAGAUAUUGGAUGAGUCGGCCGUCCUAGAUGAAGACCAUAAAGCAAACCGAAAAGGGAUUCUUUUGUGUCCUUUGAGUCUGGCUGUCUGCUAUGGCCGACCUAGGGCUGUCAAGCUCUUACUCGACCACGGCGCUGACCCUAGUGGUGAAGGCGACUGUCGACCAGUACAAUUUGCUCUUGAAAAAGGGAAAGACACAAUGACGAGGAUGCUAUUUGACAAAGGAGCGAUAUUUGAUCCGGAAAAUUGUCGUGGGUCGGCCGAAUACCGUCAAUUAAUGAAGCUGCGUUUGGCUCGAGUGCAAAGGAAGCCUAUUAAUUAA